ACUAAGAGAACGAAGAAGGCAGGCAUCGUCGGAAAAUAUGGUACCAGAUAUGGUGCUAGUCUGCGGAAGCAGAUUAAGAAGAUGGAGGUUAGUCAGCACAGCAAGUUCUUCUGUGAAUUUUGUGGCAAGUAUGCUGUGAAGAGGAAGGCUGUAGGAAUAUGGGGAUGCAAGGAUUGUGGAAAAGUGAAAGCAGGCGGUGCCUACACAUUGAACACCGCUAGUGCCGUCACUGUGCGGAGUACUAUCCGGAGGUUGAGGGAACAAACUGAGAGUUAAGCAUUUUGGUUUGUGCAAGCUUUUGGGCAAUAGCUUUACGAAAUUAUUAGUUUAUGUUUAGAGAACCGGAUUGUUUGAACUGAAUCAUGUUAUAUCUGAUUGACAUUUCACUCUGUCCAAUUGCACGGAACUGUUUCUUGUUA